AAAAUAUGUUGUGAGGAUAACAAAUAUUUACCAGAUGAAGAGAUAAGUAUAUCUGAUAACUUUUAUAUUGAGGAUUUCUUCAAUAACAAUGAAGAUGAUAAUAAUGAUAGUAGAGGGUAUUGUAGUUUUUCUAAUGAUGAAGAUUAA